GGCGCCGGAGCCGAGCCGGGCCGGCCGGGCGGGCGGGGUGGAGGAGGAGCCGGGCGGGCUGGCGGGCGGCCGGGUGGCGGCGGCGGCAUGGCGGAGCCGAGCGGGGCCGAGGCGAGGCCCCCUAUUCGGGUCACCGUCAAGACCCCCAAGGAUAAGGAGGAAAUUGUGAUCUGCGAUCGAGCCUCGGUCAAAGAGUUCAAAGAGGAAAUCUCCCGGAGGUUUAAGGCUCAGCAGGAUCAGCUGGUCCUGAUCUUCGCAGGCAAGAUCCUCAAGGAUGGAGACACACUGAACCAGCAUGGGAUCAAGGAUGGGCUCACAGUCCAUCUGGUCAUCAAGACCCCUCAGAAGGCUCAAGAUCCAACUGCUGCUACUGCUUCUUCCCCCUCUACUCCUGACCCUGCCUCAGCACCCUCCACCACACCUGCUUCACCUGCCACCCCUGCCCAGCCUUCCACCUCUGGCAGUGCCACUUCAGAUGCUGGCAGUGGAAGCCGGAGAAGCAGUGGGGGGGGUCCAUCUCCAGGGGCUGGGGAAGGACCCCCGAGUGCUGCUGCAUCUAUUCUCUCUGGCUUUGGGGGCAUCCUGGGGCUCGGCAGCCUGGGCCUGGGCUCUGCCAACUUCAUGGAGCUGCAGCAACAGAUGCAGAGGCAGCUGAUGUCCAACCCUGAGAUGCUGUCACAAAUCAUGGAGAAUCCCUUGGUCCAGGAUAUGAUGUCUAAUCCUGAUCUGAUGCGGCACAUGAUCAUGGCCAACCCCCAGAUGCAGCAGCUAAUGGAGCGGAACCCUGAGAUCAGCCACAUGCUCAACAACCCCGAGCUCAUGAGGCAGACAAUGGAGCUUGCACGGAAUCCAGCCAUGAUGCAAGAAAUGAUGCGGAACCAGGACCGAGCCCUGAGCAACCUGGAGAGCAUCCCUGGGGGGUAUAAUGCUCUCCGCCGCAUGUACACGGACAUCCAGGAGCCUAUGUUCAGUGCUGCCCGGGAACAGUUUGGCAACAAUCCCUUCUCUUCCCUGACCGGGAACUCCGACAGCUCAUCCUCCCAGCCUCUUCGGACUGAGAAUCGAGAGCCCCUCCCUAACCCCUGGAGCCCCUCGCCCCCCACCUCCCAGGCCCCCGGGUCCGGUGGGGAGGGCACCGGAGGAUCGGGGACCAGCCAGGUGCACCCGACAGUCUCGAACCCCUUUGGGAUCAAUGCGGCUAGCCUGGGGUCAGGAAUGUUCAACAGCCCAGAAAUGCAGGCACUUCUCCAGCAGAUCUCUGAGAACCCCCAGCUGAUGCAGAAUGUGAUCUCGGCCCCCUACAUGCGCAGUAUGAUGCAGACACUUGCCCAGAACCCCGACUUUGCUGCUCAGAUGAUGGUGAAUGUGCCACUCUUCGCGGGGAACCCCCAACUACAGGAGCAGCUCCGCCUGCAGCUCCCUGUCUUUCUGCAACAGAUGCAGAACCCAGAGUCACUCUCUAUCCUCACCAAUCCCCGUGCCAUGCAGGCCUUGUUGCAGAUCCAGCAGGGACUGCAGACUUUGCAGACUGAGGCCCCUGGACUGGUACCCAGCCUUGGCUCCUUUGGGAUGUCCCGGACCCCAGCACCCUCGGCAGGCAGCAACUCUGGGUCUGCAGCUGAGGCCCCCACCUCCUCACCAGCCACGCCAGCCACAUCUUCUCCCACUGGGGCUUCCAAUGCCCAACAGCAGCUCAUGCAGCAGAUGAUCCAGCUUUUGGCUGGAAGUGGAAACUCACAGGUGCAGACGCCAGAAGUGAGAUUUCAGCAGCAACUAGAGCAGCUCAAUUCCAUGGGCUUCAUCAAUCGUGAGGCCAACCUGCAGGCCCUGAUUGCCACAGGAGGGGACAUCAAUGCAGCUAUUGAGAGACUCCUGGGCUCCCAACUCUCCUGAUCCCUUGGCCCAUGCCUACUGCCUGUCCUCCCACUCAGUGCCAGCCUUUGGUUCCUCUGUCAGCCCCUUGCCCUCUGCAGCUUGUCCCUGUUUUCCUUGUCCUCCCCAAAUAGCAGGGUGACCUUAGGGGCAUAGGCCCUGACCCCAUGACUUUGAGAACUUUGGUUUUAUUGCUGUCUCACAGAAUCUUCUCUCCUGAUCCUCCUUGAGCAGAGCUAUUUAAAAUGGUUUUCACAGUUCUGUUGACUGGCCCUCCUCCUUCCCCACAACCACCUUUUGCAAUCUGCAAACUUCUUAGUGGGACUGCAGAGUCAAUAGGAGGACCCAGCUGUCUGGUUUACUAGAACAGUCUUCCAUCGGUACCACUAGGGUUUAGCUUGCCUUACAUUUACUUUUAGUAACUCAUCCUUCUCCCUACCCUAGCCCAUCCAGUGCUAGAAUUUUACACUCUAAAGGUAAGGGGUAGGUGAAAUAGGCUGUGAUUUUCCUCCUCGAUUCCUGUUCUGGUCACUUCAUCCAAGUGACUUCCAAGGCAAGGAGGAAGGUGAGACAUAGCCCUCUGGACAAGAAUCAACAAGGCUGGAUCAGCCCAGUGGAGACUGGUACAGAAGAGGAGGGAUUGAGAUUUCUUGGAGGAAGAGAGUAGGGGGGAGACAGUCUGAGAAAAAGUGUGGAAGCUGGGAUUGUUUUAGGCUGGAGAAUCUAGGCCCAGGCUUGGCAGAGAAGAAAUGGACAUACUGGUGGAAUUUGAAUUGAAGGAAGGGGCUCGAUGAAGCUAGGCAGUGUGUUGGCUCCAUUUCUUCAAACAGCUGCACACACGUUUCCAUGAGCCCAGGAUCUAUCUGUGUCUCCAGGCCCCAGUAAUUUGAGCCCCCUCAGAAGAUAUGAAGAGAUUGGGAUCUGUCUCAGGGGUGUGUGUGUGUGUGUGUGUGUGUGUGUGUGUGUGUGUGUCUGUGUGUGUGUGUGCGCAUAUGCAUAUGUGUCACACAUGUGAGUUGGGUAGGCAUGUAUUCUGUAUUGAUUCUUGGUUCAGAUCUCACUCUCACCAGAAGUAAGUGGAUAAAGGGGCCAGUCUAGAACAGGAAUACACAUAAAAGAACAGGGUCCUCUGAGCCUCCCGAUGCUGGUUAACCAAAAGGCAGUAAGGGUAGUCUUUCUGAAGCUGUUGGGGCUGUGACUGGCACCCUCACCACCCAUCACUUCAUUGGGGAGUAAUAGUGAGGUUUCUCUUCAAGAGCCCCUGGCCUUUCAGUUCUUCACUGUUUCCCUCUAGGCCAGAAAGUUCUAUUUGAGGAAGGAGAGGGGAGCGUGGCAAUGAUGCCUUUAAUCUGGAAUUGGACAUUGCUCUUCUGGAGUACAGAGGAGGCUCUCAUCACAUCCUCCCUGUACUGUGUGGCUGAGCUGCUUGGAGGACCCCAAGAGGCAAGAGGCACUGAAUAAUGCUCAUGCAAGAAAGGGUCCCAAGCAGUCCAGAGAUGUCUGCCCUUUCCCUCCCUACCUCCUCUAACUCCCACACUGGCCUUUGUAAAUAAAUGGUGUGAUCUUUGUU